AUGGCCAAAGGCUAUACACAGGAAUAUGGAGUUGAUUUUCAUGAGACAUUUUCCCCCAUUUUCCCCAUUGUUUUGUGGCCAAAGGCUAUACUUGCACUUGCUGCUUCUCAUAAAUGGCCUUUACAUCAGCUCGACGUUAAUAAUGCUUUUUUGCGCGGGGAUCUUCAUGAAGAUGUUUAUAUGUUAGUGCCUAAUGGUUUAUCUUAUCCUCCUAAUAUGGAUUUUACUCAGUCAAAGCUGGAUUAUUCUUUAUUCACUCACAAGGCUCAUGAUUCCAUUAAUAUUGUUGCCAUAUAUGUGGAUGACAUCAUCGUUAUUGGAAAAAAUGUUUCUCUCAUCUCUCACUUGAAGUCUCAUUUGCAUAAUAUUUUCAAUAUAAAGGACCUAAUUGGUCGAUUGAGUGUCUUCCUUGGUCUUGAGCUUACAUAUUCUGCUAAUGGUAUUAUUGUUACUCAACAAAAGUUUAGUAAGGAACUGCUCAGAGAUACUGAUAUUUCUCCCCUUACACCACAUUUUACUCCUCUUCCCUUAAACCACAAACUAUCCUCCAAUGAUUCUCCCUUAUUACCCAAUCCCACUUUAUACCACAGCUUGGUUGGUAAAUUAAACUUCUUAACUCACACCCGUCCCGAUCUCUCUUAUGUAGUCCAAACACUUAGCCAACAUAUGCAAAACCCAACUACUGCACACUUUGAAGUUGUUAAACAUACGCUUGGUUACUUAUCUGCCACCUUAGAGAAGGGCAUUCUUCUUUUAGCCUCUAAUCAGUUAACUCUCCAAGCGUAUUCUGAUUCCGAUUGGGGGGCAUGCCCCGAAACUAGACGUUCCAUUUCUGGUUUUUUUCUUCUUCUUGGACGGUCACCCAUUAGUUGGAAGUCUAAAACGCAAGCCACGGUUUCCAAAUCCUGCUCUGAGGCUGAGUAUCGCUCCAUGGCUAGUGCAUGCUCCGAAGUUGUCUGGGUUGUUCGACUUCUUGAGGAACUUGGUCUACAUUCCUUACGUCCUGUUACUCUACAUUGUGAAAACAUUUCUGCAAUUCAUAUUGCUCAGAAUCUGGUGUUUCAUGAACGCACCAAACACUUGGAGAUUGAUUGCCACUUUACCCGUGACAAGGUCAUUGAGGGUCUUUUACAGUUGAUAUACCUUCCCACUUCAUCCCUAUUAGUUGAUGUAUUCACUAAAGUUAUUCCUUCUGCUCAAUUUCGUCAUUUGUUAACCAAACUUGGCAUGUCUUCCCCAGCCAAGUUUGAGGGGCUGAUAAGAAUGUAUUUCGGUUUUCUCAUUUUGUAG